AUGAGCGCUAGUUUGCCUUCCGAUUGCGCCAAGCAAUGGGAAGUUUUACUACUUUUGUUACUAUCGGAAGAGAAGAAGAUCGAUAGGACCACGGAUACUGAGAUUGACACGAUGAACUAUUUUUACAAUAGCGAAGGUGUUAAAAAAAUCUUACUACAGUGGUUACAUCAAAUGCAUGUAUCGUAUGCGAGAAAAACCAGUGAAAGCGAUACAGCACUAAAAUGUAAUGAUGUGUCAUUCUUAUGGAGACAACGAGGUAAUGAUAAAUACCAUGCCAACCUCAUAGAAGAAAGCUACCAUUGUUACUCAAAAAGUGUCAUCUAUGCUAAGCAGAAUGGCACGGAAUAUUCUUUAGCUCUAGCAAACCGAUCAGCUGCAUUGUUAAGAUUGAAAAAGUUUAAGGAGUGUCUUUCUGAUAUUGAGUUAUCUAUAUCAAGUGGCUACAAGCGAGAGAUGUUACACAAGUUACUUUUGAGGAGAGCGGACUGCUACAUUGAGUUAAAUCAAUCAGUAAAUGCCCAAACUUGUAUAUUAGAAGCCUCCAAACAUGCUGCCUCGCUAAAGUUAUCAACAUCACAAAUGGCUGAGUUUGAGCGUCAUGUGAGACUUCUGGAGAAGAAACUGCACACUGCCCCACCAGAUGUAGAAGACUUUGAGGUUGUUCUGCCAGAGUGCCAUAAGGGCCUGAACCCAGACUUCACCUCAGCUUCGAAUGCAAUAGAACUAAGAAAUAUCGACACGGUAGGAAGACACGUUGUAACCAGAGAGGCAUUAAGACGUGGUGAUGUUCUCUUCUCGGAGAAACCGUACGCCUGGGUGACGUUGCCUUCCGAAGAACCAAUUUGCGACAUGUGCUGUGAACCAGAUAUUAAUCCAAUACCUUGCAGUGAAUGCUCCCGAAGCGUAUACUGCAGUGUGGAGUGUCGGUCUCAAGCAUACGCCAUGUUUCAUAAGUGGGAGUGCGCAGGAGCACAGAGCGAUCUCUUCUCGACUAUUGGCAUCGCCCAUUUGGCUCUAAGAGUAUUACUUAUAAGCGCCCACCACGGCUUCCCUUCAACGCUUAAGCACCUUCAGAAACCGCAAACAGCUUCAGAUCUCUUCAAAAGCUACAUUCAAGUGGACAAGCUGCAAAUAUACAAAUGUGACAGACCAGAUUUCUACAGGAUGUUCAAUUUAGUUACGAACUUUGAUAAGAUGAACAAUUCAGAUUAUAUACAGUAUGCUGUGACAGCCACUAUGCUAACAUUAUAUCUAGAAAAAUACACGACAUUCUUCGAGACUGUUUUUAAGUCUUCAUCAACGCUGUGUGACAAAGAAAUGCGGCUGUUUGCUGCCGCGCUGAUGCUGCGCGGCUUAGGGCAGCUAGUUUGCAAUGGACAUGCCACAUUGAGUCUGACCACUACGAAUGAGUAUGAUAACGGUCGAACGAUUACGGAGAGGGAGGUCCGCCGUGCAACAGCCAUAUACCCCUCAGCAGCUAUGAUGAAUCACUCUUGCGACCCCAAUAUCAUCAACACUUUCUACAGGAAUCGCCUGAUUAUACGGUGUUCGCGAGAGCUUUCGCCCGGUGCUCAAGUCUUCAAUUGUUACGGACCGCACCGUGCUCGCGAAACGACCGCACAACGGCGUGCUCAACUGCGCGCGCAAUACAUGUUCCAUUGCAUGUGCAGCGCGUGCGCAGACAGCGAGCGACGCCAGUUCGUGGUGCUAUUCAGCGCAUAUGCGUGCCAGUCGUGCAAGGGGCCCGUCACAUGGCAUGGCAAGAACGCCCAAUGCCAACAAUGCCAUGCGGACUUUCACCCGGAAAAGGCGCUCGCCAAACUGGACCGCGCUGAAGAACUUUCCCUGCAAGCGGAGCAAGCGAGCAGCCCUGAGCAGCGCUGCGAUCGGAUGCAAGCGUCAUACAAGCUCAAACAGCAGGUUUGGCAUCGGCACCAUGCGUCUCUCAGAGCGGCCGCUGAUAAGUUGGCGAGGUUCUAUGCCGAUGCUGGAGAGUUCAGCAAGAGUGUCGAACUAAUCAAACAGAAUAUUCAAAGCCUGGAGUAUCAGUUUGGAUCAUUUAGUGUUGAGGUGGCUCACGAAUUGAGGAAACUGUCGGACGUGAUGUUGGAGAGAAUAAUCAAUUCCCCAAGACAUACCGACUAUAGGGAAUGGUGUUUGGAGGCACACAAAAUAGUCCGCAAGGCUGUGCAAUUGACAGAGUUGAAUUAUGGCCCCUGGGAACCACUUGUGCGUAGGUUGGAACGACAAGCGAGACUCGUUGGUACUCUGGUGGCAGACUCGUCGGUUGGUCUCUCGGAAUCGGACUGUGUACAUCAUAAUUUGCAUUAUAACCUCAAAAUUUAA